AUGCCUUUAAGGGCAAUGAAGGGACAUAUAGUAUCAGACUUUAUUGUAGACCAUGCAGUGGUCGAAAGUCCUCAACUUCAAGUUGAGUUGAAACCUUGGAGAUUAUUCUUCGACGGUUCCACUCAUAAGGAUGGAAGUGGAGUUGGGAUCAUGAUAAUUUCUCCUGAUGGAAUUCCAACAAAACUCAAAUAUAGAAUUGAAGGUCCCCUUUUUUCUAACAACGAAGCAGAAUAUGAAGCCCUUAUUGCCGGACUUGAGGCUUUGAUGGAAUUGAGGGCAACUAGGGUCGAAAUUAAAGGAGACUCAGAAUUAGUAAUCAAGAAACUAACGAAGGAGUACAAAUGUAUAAAAGAAAAUUUGAUUAUGUACUUCGUCAUUGCAAAUAGGUUGCUCAAUUUUUUUGAAUAUAUAGACAUAAAACAUGUCCCUAGAAUAAAAAACCAAGAACCUAAUGACUUAGCACAAAUAGAUUCAGGGUAUAGAAUUUCAAAAGAGAAGCUAGAGGAACUUGUCGAAGUAAGAGGAAAAGCAAUGCCUGCCAGAUUGUCUCCGACAGAUUUGGAAAGCACUCAGUUAGGAUAUGCUAACAAAGAAGAGUUUGAAGUACUGGCCAUUGAUACCUUAAUGGAUACAGAUUGGAGGAAUCCAAUUAUUAAUUAUCUCAAGGACCCUUCAAUAGAUACAAAAAGAAAAACCAAGUACAGGGCUUUAUCUUAUGUUUUGAUGGGGAAUGAAUUAUUCAAGAAAACCCCUGAAGGGAUCCUGUUGAAAUGUUUAGGAGAAAACGAAGCAUACUUGGCAUUAUCUAGUGUACAUAGUUGA